AGACCGGAGGCUGGCUGUCGGCGCUGUGCAGGCUUCAGUAACAAGUAACCAUUUAAUUCCCUUUUAAGUUCAAAUCUGAACCGGACAGGACCGACAGUAUCUCCAAAAUGGUUGAGGCAUUCUGCGCAACAUGGAAACUUGUGGACAGUGAGAACUUCGAUGACUACAUGAAGGCGCUGGGUGUUGGUUUUGCCACAAGGCAAGUGGGUAAUGUCACCAAGCCAACGGUGGUGAUCAGUCAGGAUGGGGACAAAGUGGUGGUGAAAACCCUGAGCACCUUCAGGAACACAGAGACCUCCUCCAAACUGGGAGAGGAGUUUGAUGAGACCACAGCUGAUGACCGAAACGUCAAAUCUACCCUUACCGUGGAAGGAGACACACUUGUGCAUGUGCAGAAGUGGGACGGCAAAGAAACCAAAUUUGUCAGAGAAAUCAAGGAUGGGAAGAUGGUGAUGACUCUGACUUUUGAGGGCGUGCAGGCCGUCCGCACAUACGAGAAGGCCUAACUUAUCCAAAUCCACCACACAGCAAAUCAUCCCAGUACUGCAAAUCCUCCACGAAGCACUGCAUUUCCAAUUCAUCGCUGUUCUCUUUUUCUACUGUACGCAGAGAUUUGCACUUGAUUUGUCGCGUUUGACACAAGAAAUUGUCCUUUGAAUGGGUCUUUUUGUAAAUAAUGAAAAAGAAAAUUUGUUCAGACAACUUGUUUUUGGACGGCCUAAAUUCUGAUCGAUUGAUCCUGUGUAUCACUUGUUGGGGGGAAAAAAAGGGACAAAAUAAACUA